UACGUGGUCUCGGCACACAAGGCCAGCUCGGUGACAGCGAGCGUCAGCGGGGCGUUUGUAGCACCGCACGAGACGAACCUGGUGGUGGCCAAGGGCAAUCGGCUUGAAAUUCACACACAGACCAGCCACGGGCUAAUGCUUGUGACCGAGCAGGCACUGUACGGACGCAUCACAUCGCUACACUUUUUCCAUCCGACGGGGCGUCUGACAGGACUUGUCCUGGUGACUUCUGACAAGCAGCAGUUUGCGGUGCUCUCAUGGGACGCGGCCGCGCAGACACUUGUGACGGAGAGCUCGGGCGAGAUUGUGGAGCGGACGGGGCGGCCGGCAAUCGAGGCGUGCCUCGUGACGGUCGACCCGGAGUCGCGCAUGCUUGCCAUGUACUGGUACCAAGGGAUAGUGCAUUUGUUCCAGAUGGCCGGCGGACAGGCGAGACGUGGGUCGGUGCGCAGUGCCGGCGGGCAGGUGCGGCGGGCCAGCAGUGGGGGGAUCGAAGAGUGGCCAUAUGCACCGCCGGCAUUGGCGGUUCUGUAUGAGGACGCGAAUAUGACGCGGCAGAUCCACGUCUACCGGGUUGGCGAGGCACAGAGCGAAAUGCAGCUUGUGUCGCUCUGGACCAGCGAGCCUGUGGACCAGACCGUAUCGCAUAUUGUUGCAUUGACGAAUGGCGCGGUCCUGGCAAUCGGCGACGAUUCGGUUGCGGUAGUGGCACAGAAUACGCCCAUGCUGAGCAUGUCGAUGCGCGCGGCCAGCGUGACAGCGUGGGAGUGGAUCGACCGGGAGCAGGGCGAGCGGCUGCUGCUAGCCGACGACGAAGGGGUGCUGUCGCUGGUUGUGUUAAAGUCCGCAAGCGGAGCAGCGAGCAAAGUAAAGGACCUAUAUGUGGAGCGAAUGGGCGAAAUCUCGGUUGCCUCCAGCCUCACGUAUCUGUCGGACGGGUGCCUGUACGUCGGCUCGCAUUUCGGCGACCAGCAGCUGACAACAAAGGUCGAUGCGGACACAUUUGUCGAGCCGCUCGAGUCGUUCCAGAACCUGGCGCCCAUUAUGGAUUUGUGCGUAGGAAGCGGGCUGGCGUCCAGCAGCCAUGGCAGCAUAGUGACGUGCUCGGGCAUGCGCAACAAGCCCAGUCUGCGCAUGGUACGCAACGGGGUGGGCAUUGAUCGCAUUGCAGGGCUCGACAUUAAGGGCCUGCUGGGUGUCUGGUCGUUCACAGCCAGGGGCACGCCGGACUUGGAGCAGGUGGUGCUGGUGCUCAGCUUGUUCAACCAGACGCUGGUUCUGGGGUGGACUGAGCCUAGCGCAGGCAGGGAGAUUGAGAUGAACGAGCUGGAUGUUGGCAGCGGCCCGCAGCCGGGCUGGCGCACCAGCGAGCUGACGCUGGCAGUUGGACUGACAGGGGACCAAAACCACGUUAUUCAGGUUACUCCGACCGCAGUCACGCUGAUCGGCAUCGCUGGGUGGCAGCAGCGUGCGGUGUGGACGCCCGAGAGCGGCGCUCCAAUCAGCGUUGCCUCGGUUUCGGGCGACCAGAUUGCAGUGGUGGUUGAUGGCAAGGCUGUCGGGUAUCUGGAGGUGCAGGGCACGAGUAUUGUGCCUGUGGCAUUGCGCGAGCUCGGGCAGUAUGUCUCGUGCAUUGACGUGCAUUCGUGGGACAGGCGGCAGGUGCGCUCAUCGCUGGUUGCCAUCGGGCUCUGGGGCACCAACGACAUCCAGCUUCUGCAGCUGCCAAGCCUGGAAACGCACCCGCUCGCACCAACAGCAUCGAGUGGGUGCGAUUUGCCGCGGUCGAUUCUUAUGUGCAUGCUAGGCAAUACGCGGUAUGUUCUGGUUGGGCUGGGGGACGGGCGGCUCCACCAUUUCGCGGUGCGGCAGCUGGGCUCUGACUGGUUUGUUAGCGAGCACAAGAGCGUUGCGCUGGGAGCGCGGCCGAUCCGGCUGACGGCGUUUGCGAGCCGCGGCUCGACAAGCGUGUUUGCGGCAGGCGACCACUCGGCGGUGCUGUUUGCAGGACGGCGCGGGGCAGAACGACGUAGCAGCGAGGCAGGGGAGGGCAAGCUUAUGUAUGCGAACGUGGACGCGUCGGAGGUGAUGCAUGUGGCGCCGAUCGCGUCGCAGAGCUUCCCCGACGCGCUGUGCCUGGCGAUGCCCGGGCAGCUGGCGAUUGGCACAAUUGAUCCAGUGCAGAAGCUACACAUCCGCAGCACACCGCUGCCAAAGUGGGCAGCGCCGCACCGCGUGGUGCAUAAUGUGGGCAUGGGGAUGUUUGGGCUGGCGACCGUGCAUUCGCUGGGCACGCCGCCGGUCGAGGCGGGGCGGUUCUCGGUGGUCGAUGCACAGACAAUGGAUGUGCAGGCGUCGAUGCUGCUGCGGCCAUAUGAGCUGCCCGAGAGCCUGUGCGUGGCCUCGCUGGCAGGCCUGGAGCGCACGGGGCGGGCAGCAGCAGACGGGGUGCCAGACGUGUUUGUGCUGGGCACGUCGAUUGUGAUGCCGAACGAGGAUGAUGCGCGACGCGGGCGCAUCCUGGCAAUGCAGUGGGAUGGGCAGCGCAUGCGGCUCAUCGGCAGCUUCACAGCUCACGGGGCAGUGUAUGCGGUGCGGGCGUUCCGCGGCAUGGUGCUGGCGGCAGUCAACAACCACGUGAUUCUGCUGGGCUGGCAGCGACAUGCCGACUACGAGCUGGUGGUUUUGUAUUCGCAGCAGACGCAGAUAGUGACGGUAUCGCUGACAGUCAGCGGCGACUACGUGGCAGCCGGCGAUCUGAUGUCGUCAGUGUCCAUGUACAAGUAUGAAGAGACCAGUGCUGACAGCAAGACGGAGCGGCGGCUGGUGCCUGUGACGCGCGACUACGCAUCAUCAUGGGUGACAUCGGUGGCCACGGCGCCGGCACCACUGGCGCAGAACCUCAUGCGGAUGUUCCCGGAGCGGAUUGCCGACGAGGUGGAGAUGGCGGGGCGGGAGCAUCUGGCGGUUGAGGGCCGCUGGCAUCUGGGCGAUAUGGUCAACUGCAUGCGCACAGGCUCAUUGGUCAUGGAUAUCCCUGAUCCGGAGUUCCCGGAGCUCUUCCGCCCCGCGCUGGUCUUUGGAACGAUCCAUGGCGCAGUCGGCGUGAUUGCCUCUGUUGAAGACGGCAAGCUGGGCCGGAUCCUCGACCGGCUGCAGACGAACCUUGCGCACCUUCUGCCGACCGCCGGCAUGUGGAGCUACGAUAAAUGGCGCGCCUACCAUACAGGCCAGCGGCAGACCCGCGCCUUUGGAUUCCUGGACGGCGACCUGAUCGAGAGGUUUUUGGACCUGCCGGCGGAAAUGCAGGAGCUGGUGGUUACG